CCACAUCAAUCCACGCCAAAACAGCUCUAGCAGCUUAAAGCAGCUAGGUAUUGAAACUUACCUGAACCAACUAACAAAUAAGAAUCUACUAAACUUGGGUUUGUCCUAUGUAAGAUAGCCAGCUUCCUCUUUGUCUCAGCUCCGUCUCUUUCUUUUCAAUUCUCCAAUAGUGCUACGAAUACGAAUACAUACUAUCUUAUCAAAAUGCCCGGAGACAAAAUCAAGCAUCCAACCCCAGCUGAAGCCUUCAAACUUGCCAGUAACCAUGCCGCUCUGCUGCGGGGUCUGUUUCUCGAUCCUCGGUACAAGUACUCUCAAGAACCCACCCCAACUUUCAUAAAACCCAACCUCGAUGAGACCCCCGCCGGUCUUUACUUCGUUUCCGACUUCGUUCAGAGGACUUAUGUCGAAUACGUCGUCCCUUUCCUACCAGCCGGCGCCACCCGAAAGUGUAAGGCCAUCGCUAACCCGUGGGCGUGGAAUGACCCCAACUAUGAAUGGGAGUGGGAGUGGGACGAGCAGACGUCGACGCUAAAGGAUAAGGAUGGCAACGUUAUUGAUUUCCCCAAGUUGCCGGAAGCUGAAGCUGUCAAUAAGGUGGGCGACGUGCUAACCAGAGGGUUCAUGGCUCGAAAGAUAAUCCUCGAGAACCGCACUGAUGUCAAGGCUCGACUGAUGGUUGGAGGUCAACCCUUUGACUUUGGUAAGGAGGUGGAAGAUAUCGUGAAGGAAACGUAUCCUUUUUAAUAGGGAUAUUAUAACAGACGGCGUAUCGACAAGACCGCAUAUUGGGCCAUAUCUACUAGGAUCAGGGAUCGAUUUGUCCAUAUUGUAGUCCAGAUAUGCGGCGGGGGGUUGAUGGGCCACAUGUCCCGUCAUCAUGAAGUCCAGAAUAUUUUGGUCUCGGUUGGCAUAAACUCUAGGAAUGAGUUACUUUAUUUUAUCGAAUUUGGCUAGAAGAGAGUGCUCUCGCAAAUUCAAUAGGAUAAAAAGGAUAGCAGGGCUUCAUGCCUAAAAUAUCAUUACACACGUCAAUGAUCUCAUGUAAGAGUGAAAUCCGCUGAUGGUAGAAUCAAGUACUUCCCGACCAUAGUCGGAGAUAAUAUUAGCAGACAUAUUCUAAAA